AUGGAGGACGACACAAACUAUUCACAAGAUCAAGCAUCGGAAUCAUCUUUCGACGAAAAUUCCACAGGUGCCAGCAAUUUGGGGGACUCCUCAGUUGCACUUCCAAGAGACCAUUCUUAUCUGGUGACAGCUCACCCCCUCCUCUCAGCCUACAAACCACAAAAGAUAUCGAACAACAUAAGCAAUAGGCGAUUCGUAGAUUUGCCUGUUUUGGAAUUGUAUGGAGUUGUCUUGUUUCCAGGUUCCACGAUACCUGUGAAACUGAGAGAGCGAUCAUGGAUCGAAUAUCUUGGGAGACAAAUUGCAAUCAUGCGAGAACUCCCUCAUCUGCAAUCCGAAGUUCGAUUGGGCAUUCUUGCGUACAAACCCGAUCCAACAGAAAGACGAAGAGGGAGAGCAAGUAGCGAUCGAUCUCUUGCGGGGAGAAUAGGGACCAUUGCGACCAUCAAGUACACACAUGAAAGAACAGAUAUGAAAUCAAACACUGUCAAUGGUGACAACGUCUGGCAACGAUAUCAAAAUGGGACGGAGUUGGUAUUCACAGCCGUUGGAACUCAUCGGUUUCGGAUAGUGGGACCUGCUUCGUCUUCGGAACAAGGCAGCACACUCGGGGAUAGAAUAUAUGAAGUAGAGGAAUUGAUGGAUACAUCAUUACCCCUGCCACCGAUUCAGCGAAUGUUCUCAACGCCUCCCGAAUACAGUAAGAAGGAUAGUAUAGAUGAUGAUUCAGUAGGAGGAGAAAUGAAGCAAGGAAGCUAUGUUGAUGAAAGCAAUACUAUCACUCAAACCAAUGAUAGGUUAUAUCGGCAUACGGUUCGUGCUUGGUGCUUGGCACAGAUAACACCGACUCCGUACUUCGUGCACCGCAACAAAUCUCCUUGGAGAUUGGUAUCUCAAGUAGUGGAAAAGAUUAAUGCCAGCGGGGGACGGAAUCACCUCCCAUGUUUGGUGGAUGAAGUCGGUGCAUCGUCGUCAUCUCCAUCGGUUUCCGUAUCUCCUACUCUUUCCCACCCCACCAAGUUUUCCUUUUGGUGCGCUUCCAACCUUGCGUUGAGCGAAUCGGAUCGGCUAGCCCUACUCGAGACCUCUUCUACAUACGAACGACUCUUGUUGUUAGAUCAGCACGUCGAGGAAUUAUCAUCCGGGAACCGGCCCAUCGUGUGUGCCCGUUGUGAUCAAUCCUUAUCCACUGUCAAGUUUGUGUUUACAGUGCAGGGAGCUGAAGGCACUACCUCCGCGUAUGUGAAUGACCAUGGAUAUAUUCAUCAAAUUACUACUUUGCGACUUGUGGAUGUCCAAUCUGUUAUGUUGGAGGGAGAUCCACAUACAGAAAACUCCUAUUUCCCAGGAUACUCUUGGACUGUUUGCUACUGUCGCUCAUGCUUGUCCUUACUCGGAUGGAUGUUUCGACGUGUCCACCACAACAUCCCUCUGUCAAAAGAUCGCCCAAAUAACUUUUUUGGAUUUCAGUCGUCAAGCGUUUUGGUGUUGGAAGGGAGGGAUUCUAACGGGCAGCGGAAUCAGAUAUCCCCGCAAGACCAAUCCGUUUCGGACUCGGACUAG